AGGGAGCCUUUUCUCUUAAGUCUCCUAAAGUCAACGUCUCAUUAUCAAGUUUCUCUCAACGUCAGAUCAACACAGAACUCCAUCAAAUCUUUGCUUCAAUGGCAGAAUUAUCCAUCCCAUCAAAAGAACAUGGAUACACAAUGAAGACACCAGAAGCUGUAUCCUGUCCUCCAGUCAAACCACUGCUUAAUGAAGCAGAGCUCAUAACCACCAUAGACACUGGGUAUAAACAACUAUACAGUGUUACAUGUCUCAGUGAUGAAGAAAUUUGGACAUGUGGAGAUGACAAAGUCAUCAACCUCUACAACCUCCAGGGCAAACUACUGAAGUCAAUCCAAACCAAGUCUGGGCAUGAACCACGCGACAUAGCAGUGACAAGGAGUGGAGAUUUAGUUUAUACUGACCAUGGUGCAAGAACUGUUAACAUUGUGAAGAAUGAACAGAUACAGGAAGUGAUCAGACUACAGGGGGUGGGGACCUUGCUAUGUUUGUAGUACAUCCUCUAAUGAUCUUCUGCUCAUCAUG